AUGAAUCCAGUAAGUCCCUGGAUCGCAGCUUUGGCCGACCAAUGUCUCUCAUUUUACCUCGGUCAAAAUGAUCAAGAUGAAGUCCAGGUGGAGGAUAUUGAUGGAUGCCUCAGCUUCAGUAUCCGCAGGCCCACACUGAAGACAGCCGUUGUUGUAUCGUGGGGACAAGGAGAGAACAGUCAUUGCGCCACAUUUACAGACUCAAAGAACCAGAUCGAUGCGAUUAUUUUACGUGACUCGCCGGACGCACAGGGAGCAACAUCACCCUGCCCACCGUCGAUCAAAGGGGGCCCCAGGCACCUAGUUGAACUUUCCGAUAUCAAGCUUAUUUUUACAUACUCAGCAUCCGCCCCGGAUGUCUGCCUUCACGUCAAUCGCUUUACCAUCCAUCAGAAUGCGGUCUCAAAAGGGGAUGUGCCGAAACCAAAGCUCAAGAAGACGCCAUCUAUCAGAACCCUGAUGACUAUGGCAUGCGAGAAAAUCCAAAAGACCCGAGGGCAUGCUGGCUCCAAUGGUCAAACAAAUCCAGGAUUGACCGACUCAUUUGUUUCUCAGCGUGAUCAAACUAUGCCACCCAAUCAUUCCGAAAAUAAUUCGUUAUCACAGUUGCUAUUCUCCCAACCUCCAACUGAUAUGCGCUAUGGCGCACCGAAGGGUAAUCUGAUGACCAAUCGCGUUUCCCUCAAUGGGUCAUCGGAUCUUCUGGGAUUGCUCGCGCGUUCUAAUCCUAUUCAAACGAACGACACCCCCACUCCGUCUUAUAUCGAACAAGAGGUGGACAACCUCAUAGCGGAGUGUAGGGAUCGGAUUGCGCAACCUCCAAAUGAGCCGGAUGAUCAUGGCCGGACUCAUACUGUUGGAACGGGGGACAACCAGCAGUUUUCGAAGAAAAGACAUCGUGGCAGUACAGAUGCGCCGUCGCAAGCAGCUCACGAUGAUGACCUUGGUUCGCAAGGCCCGCAACGUCCAAAUACAUCACCCUCCAAAAAGCGACAGCGUAUUGAUGCUGGGGAGGUGAUGCCGGCGGACCCAGCUGAAUCCGAGAAAGUGCAAAACAAGCCUGUGCCGUCACUUCCUACGGUCCAGAUCAUAAGCACCAAAACGGACAGCGUGUGCCCAUCCGUGACAAAUCCAUGGGAAGGAAUGAUCAAAAUACCUUUUGGCGAAGUUGAUAUUCCAAAAGAUCAGGCAGACCUGUUGGAGGGGCUCAAAUGGAUCCCUCAGGACCCUGGUGUAUCUGCACCUCUAUGCCAUGUACCACCUCAUCUUUUGACGAAGUGGAACAACAUUGCACGAAGAAGACAACAUUUGGCGGAAGAAGCACAAGAAGAAGAAGAAGUAGAAGAAGAGGAUCAAGUAUCUGAACGUGCCCUUACCCCGACCCCGCAAGAUCCCUAUACAUCUCCCAUACCAUGGUCUCCGUCCCCCAAUAGGGCCCCUGCUCGAGAUAUUCUUCCACGGGACACCGCUUCUCCCCCAAGAUACAGAAGGCCUAUCAGAAAAACUCCUACGCCAAGCGGUACUCAACAUAGCGUUGAUCGAUCUGCAGAAGGUGGCGUUGUGGGCGUGGUGAACGGCUCUUGCAGUGCUCCUUCUCAUCCAAGGCAGGAGGAUAUCGUCUCGUCAAACGACGAUAUCAACACAGCAGACCAACAAUGUUCUCCAUCUCCCGAGGAAGUAACGACAAAACCGAGAAACCCAGUGUCUUUGGACCACGAUCCUAGCGAUGGCCCAUCCCCAAAGCCCAACGCUUCAAAAUCGCUCGAUGUGGCCAAUGACCAACCCCCAAGUCCAACACAGGAAGAUUCUAAUUAUGAACCACCCGCGGAAAUCCCCUCAUUUAAAUCCGAAUUGCUUAUUGAAUCAAGUGGGGAUGAGAGUGACGAGCCAGAGAUGGAAACAUAUGUUCCUUUCGCUCUAGGUGGAAGCCUUCCAUUAAGCAGUCAACCUGAGCAGGAACUUACUAGCUCGGGGCCGUCGCUUCCAAGAUUUGUAGGGGGCACCAUCCAAGUGGUGGAGACACCUGCAGUCUAUGCCACACGUCUAAAUCCCGAGAAGCAAAUCAAACAGAGAGCUGGAUUUCAGCUCCCGAGCUCUCAACAGCCAUGUUCUCAGGCCGCCAAGACAUCCCCCUCGUCUCGAAUUCUCAAUACCUACCGCUCGCAAGAUAGCCACGGACACAGUGACUUAUCCCAGGAGGCACCAAAUCCAUCUUUGCCGCUAUUGGAAGAUCAAUCACUGUGCGUAGAUGUGCUAUGUACGCAGACGAGCAGCGUACAUGCACCCUCACAGGCCACAGUCCAGUCGUCCUCGGACGUUGUUUUGGAUUCAUCGAGACCUGUUCAACGACAGCGUGGGUCAUCUAUCUUCCAUUUAGACCCCUCAGACGACCCAUCAUAUUUUCCUCAUGCCAGCUGUCACUCGCUGCCUAUGUCUCAACUUCAUGAACCAAGCCAAGAUUCUUCGAGAGGACCCUUUUCCCUCGACGGAGCCUCGCAAUUGCCGGAAUUGUCCCCUUUGGAAUUCACCACUUGGGUCGCUGCCCACGGAGAAUCACCAUCGAAAUGUUCACGCCCUCCGCGCUGCGAGAGUGUUGAUACUGGCCAAAAGGCAUCUCACAGUCCAAAUAUCGAGUUGGUAGCACGACGACAGGGCUUUAUCGGCAAGUCAGACAAGUACGCUGAAGCACAGACAAUCUAUGAAAAGUUCUGCAAUGAUUAUUCACCGUAUUCUGGUGAUUUCGCUCACUUCACUGAGAUGUGCUCGAAACUGCAGAUAAUGCGGCAAAAGGGCCAACUGCAACGAUCGUUUCUAUGGGAUGACUUUGUCAUCCAACACCUGGAGGAAUACCCACUCUAUUUUGCAGAGCGCACACAAGAGUCGAAGACACUGAAUUACGAAGAUUUCUUUUGCUCGAGAUUCUCACGCCCCCAACACAAAAAGAGAAGCCUAACAGCUCACGGAGUUGACAUAGUCGCCUCUCAGUUUGUUCCACCUACCAGUGCCGAGCUAGGAAACCCGCCGGUUCCACAUCAAGUAACAAUCCAAGGCGAGGUAACCAAGGAUAAAGCGAUGCAAAGCGAAGUGGCCAACGCUUCCUUCACAGCCAGUCUUGUCGAAAAACUCUCACACCUCCAUGCUCACUCCUUUGGUGAUGUUCCUGUUCCGGAUGUCCACACGCCCACUGCAACGCAGUCAUCGCCAUCCUCCUCUGCUGGCACCGGCUCGGGUUCGGUGGAGGUCAAAAUCGAAGCAGAUGAUUCUUUCAAUGAACCGAUUGGCUCCCAAAUUAUCACGAGCAGCAAUGAUCAAAAGCCUAUGCCCUUCAGUCAUGAUGAAGAGAUGGUCGAUGCAACGCAAUACGACACCGAUAACAUUCGCAUUGCGCCUGAUCCGAACGACGUUGACAUGGCCGAAACCGGCAUGGACGAAAUUGAUGAGACACAGGAAGCAGAUGACACUCACCAUGAAACUGCCAGCAUUGAACUUGGCGAUGACACUGACGAUCGCCGCAUAUCUACCUCUCCCGCGCCGCCCGUGGCCCUGGGUUCUCUAAAUAAUGCCGAGCCCGAGCCACUAAGGCAACGAAGACCCUGGUUCCGAUCUCUUCGGAAAAUAUUCCCCACAGGUCCUGUGUGGUCUGACGACCCCGAUACGCCGUUCAAGCGCUGGGCUCGACAAGACCAGAACGUUCUUCAGGAACUUCAUCGUCGCGGUGGAGCUAGGGUUCUAACUGAUGAGAAGGGGGUCAUUCGACGGCCCACCUACAACCAAGAGAAGAACCCUGGUCCCUAG